AUGCCUUAUCCUUCAUCGUCAUCAUCAGGUUCAGAUGCUGGACCGUACGGAAAGCUCCUGUCGCCGCCGCGAAUCGCAAGGCACAAUGUUAUCUUGGCGGGUCUACGACGGAGUGGCAAGUCCUCCAUUCUUAAGGUAGUCUACGAGCAGCUCUCGCCAUCCGACACACUCUUCCUCGAAAGCCAUUCGACAGGCGUCAAGGGCCGCUGGACCACCUUCCAUGUCGACUGCUUUUUGCCGCUCAGGAUAUGGGACGGGCCUGGACCGUUGAUCGGUGAGGGUCCAGGCGCAAGAGGGCGCGGUGCGGUUUUGCGUGAUAUGCCCGCAGACCAGGACGAAGCAGCUUCCAGAAAAGACUUUGAGGCGGAGGCAGAGAGCACUGCGGCCGAAGUAAAGGAAGGUAAACUGAGGUGGAGGGAUGUAAGCACUGUGAUCUUCGUGAUAGAUGCUCAGGACGACUACUUUGACUGCGUCGCGCGGCUGCAUGAACUCAUUUUGAAAAGCUUUGCGAUCAACCCGUUUAUCGAAUACCAUGUCUUCGUGCACAAGGUUGACGGUCUUAGUGACGACUAUAAAUUCGAUACGCAGCGCGAUGUAGAGCAGCGCUUAUUGGAUGACCUGGCCGAUGCAUCUGGUAGCUUUGCCUUUGUCCCUGGCGCGGCGGAGGAAAUGGCAAAGGCUGCGCAAAGAGGCCAUCAAGUAGGCCCACAAAGCUUCGGACUAGAAGGCGUCUCGAAUUCGAGGGAGAUAUUCCCUCUGGAGAGCAGCGUAAAGUUACACUUUCAUCUGACAUCCAUCUUUGACAACUCGGUGUUUGUUGCAUUGUCCAAAGUGCAACAAAGCCUGAUGGAGGGCGCACUCGCUGCAUCACUCGAGUCAGCAUGUGACAGCAUCUGCGGGUCUUGUCGCUUCGACAAAGCAUUUCUGAUGGAUGUACCAUCACGCACAUAUAUAUCCUCGGACUCUACGCCAUUUGAACCCACUUUGUUCGACAUGGUAUGCGAAUAUGUCAACUUCCUUUUACUUUUUUCCGACGUCUACAGUGACCUUCAACCGCCUGCAUCAUCCUCACCUGCCACAACGACAGCAUCAAGCAACGAAGGCCAAGCCAAACAAGGCAAGUGGGCUAGUAGCGUGUGCAAACUCAACCCGGACAUUAGCGUUUGUUUCUGGCAAGUCGACAACAGGCUCGCUUUGAUUGCCAUCAUCAAGUCAGAUCUGCAGGCGCGCAAUGCUGGCUUGAUCGACUACAACGUCUCAUUCUUCCGUCGGGCAAUUAUCCAGAUCGCGCAAGUAGCCCGCUCCGCCUAA